AUGGUGCAAUUAUCGUCUCUUUUCGCCUCUGCCCUCCUCUUCGUCGCUGUGGCCGCUACAAGCAACAAGGUAACUCAGCCACAAAAGGAGCCGGCCGUGCUCGGCAGCUUUACACCACAGGGCUGCUGGAAAGAUGUAGUGCUAUCGAAGGACGCCAUGAACAAGCAGGUCACAUUCAAGGCAUCCAACAUCUCAUCCUCAGGCUGUGGUUCCCGGUGCCUCGACAACAACCAGCCCGUCUUCGCAAUGGCUGGCGACAGCUGCUACUGCGCCAACAAGUAUCCCAGCGAAGGUGGGCUGGUCGAUAAUUCUCAGUGCAACUUCCCUUGCAAAGCGAACGAUACGGAAGCAUGUGGCAAUAAGGGCCAAACGAGGUUCUCCGUCUGGAAUACCGGAAUCCAAGUCGAAGUGCCAUAUCUUGACAAGAAGGCCAAAAGCUCUACCACGAAGAGCUCUGCCACUGGUACUCCAACGAGCAAGAAGUCUGUUAAGAAAACAGCCACACCCGCUUCCAGCUCCGAGGUUACACCCACCAGCAGCGUUGAGAGCACGACAACGCAGUCUGAGACGAGUACCACAGCUACUUCAGCCUCUACAGCUUCUACCGCCGCGGCUCAACCUUCUAACGCUGUUUCCAAAAACAUGGCUGGGGCUGGUGUAGCUAUUCUCGCCGCUGCUAUAGCCUUAUAA